AACCUCUCUGACCUCUCCAUGGCCUUAGCCCGGAUCUCUCCUUCCCAUCGCAGAGCACAAAUCCUCCCCUCCAAUUCUCUUCCAAGUACGGAAAUCCUCUUCACGGUUUCAAGAAGAGGCGGUGCUCUGUUUUGCGUCCACCUCCCCAGACUCCCGGGUUCCGCUGCUCCGUAGCAACAAACUGACGCUGCGAACAGGAUGGAUUGCUUCGGUGUGUUCUGUACUAAAUACGACCUCAAGGAACUUGCAUUUGAUGAAGUUUUUGGGCCAGGUCAACCAAUUGCUCUGAAAUUGUUGGGAUCUGAAAGAUCAUAAUUUCAAGCUCUUGAAGAGACGGCGACCUUUGGAGUGUGUGCAGGUCAUAAUUGUUCCUUUUGGUGGGCUGGGUUUGUUCGGAGGGCGGAAAUCUACGGCCAAAUAUUUUAGAAGGCAAAUAUCUACGGUCCGCGGCAACCAGCUCCCUCCUCUAUAUAAAUCCCGGGUUGGCCGCAACCUAACGCCAUCAGCUCUCACGGAUCCGCUACCAUGAUCAACGUGGACGACGGUGCGACUCCGAACCGCAAACCGGAGCAUCGCGGCACUCCGGCCAGGUUCCUCGCCAAGGUCCGGGCCAACCUGGUCUUCCGGUCGAAAUGGGCCGAACUGAACGGUGCCAUGGGAGACCUGGGCACCUACAUCCCCAUCAUCCUAGCCUUGGCUCUGGCCAACGGCCUCGACCUCGGCACCACCCUCAUCUUCACCGGCGUCUACAACAUCCUCACCGGCGUCCUCUACGGCGUCCCCAUGCCCGUCCAGCCCAUGAAAUCCAUCGCCGCCGUCGCCAUCUCCAGCGGCCCGGACUUCGCCGUGCCCGAGAUCAUGGCCGCCGGGAUCUGCACCUCGGCCGUCGUCUUCUUCCUAGGUGCCACCAGGCUCAUGCAGCUCGCCUACAAGCUCAUCCCCCUCCCCGUCGUGCGAGGAAUUCAGCUAUCUCAAGGGUUAUCCUUCGCGAUGACCGCCGUCAAAUACAUCCGCCACGAUCAAGAUCUCGCAAAAGGGAAAUCUUUGGGGCAGAGGUCAUGGCUAGGCCUCGAUGGACUGCUUCUAGCCUUGGCCGCCACCAUCUUCAUUUUGGUCGUCAAUGGUGCAGGUGAGGAAAUAGAAGAUGACGACGAACAUGCUCUUUCUCUUGCUCUUGUAGGAUCCAGCGAAGAACAGAGACGACGACGGAGACGAUGGAGAAAAUUAGUAGCCUCGGUACCAUCCGCGGUGAUCGUCUUCUUGUUAGGAAUCAUAUUGGCUAUCAUAAGAAAGCCGGGCGCCGUAAAAGAAUUGAAACCAGGGCCAUCGGCUAUGCAUGUGGUGAAGAUCUCCAGGCAUGCAUGGAAGGAAGGAUUCAUUAAAGGAGCAGUGCCACAGAUUCCAUUGUCGGUGCUGAAUUCGGUGAUCGCCGUGUGCAAGCUAUCGACCGACCUCUUUCCCAACAAGCCGGAGGCGACGGCGACAUCGGUGUCGGUCACGGUCGGGCUGAUGAAUUUGGUCGGUUGCUGGUUCGGGGCGAUGCCGUGCUGCCAUGGGGCCGGCGGGCUCGCAGGGCAAUACAAGUUCGGCGGGCGGAGCGGCGGGUGCGUGGCGGUGCUCGGGGCGGCGAAGCUGGUCAUCGGCGUGGUGCUCGGGGGGUCGAUACUGAGGGUGUUGGUGGAGUUUCCUGUGGGGUUGCUGGGGGUGCUGCUGCUGUUCGCCGGGGUGGAGCUGGCGAUGGCGGCGAGGGACAUGGCGUCGAAGGAGGAGGCGUUUGUGAUGCUGAUUUGCGCCGCGGUGUCGCUGGUGGGCUCCAGCGCCGCGCUUGGGUUCGUUUGUGGGGUCGUCGUGCAUCUGAUUCUUGUGCUAAGAAGGUGGUUGAUGAAAUGAUGACCUUAUCUGCAUUCUUAUGAGCAUCUUUUAAAACGUACUUCGUAUCAGAUUGGAUGGAUGUACGACUUCAGAGGAGAGUUGAGAAUAAUAGCUGCCAUCAGCUAAUGUAAAUAGGAAUAAAGAUGAAUAAAGAAAGAGUUGAGAAUAAUAGCUGCCAUCAGCUAAUGUAAAUAGGAAUAAAGAUGAAUAAAGAAACUCUUUCUUUAUUCCAGUGGUGAGGACAUUACUGUUUCUAUAAACUCUUUUUUUUUUCCUUUU